CCCUCUCUCUCUCUCUCUCUCUCUCUCUCUCUCUCUCUCUCUCCCUCUCCCCCUCUCCCUCUCCCCCUCUCUCUCUGUGAACAAUCUCUCAGCAUUCACUCUGCUCUCGUCUGACAGAGGAAAUGAAUCAGAAACUCAUUUAUUCUCCUGCCGCACAUCUAUUCAUUUCACAGGCUGUGACCACUGCCCACUUGUGUUCAGAUCAGUAGCCGAAGACCUGCCCUUCACGGGCCUCAAUCACUUUAAACAUGUACUAUACACACAACUGCAUGGGCUGAGACAGACAUCACACACAGAACGCAUGACACACGUACGCACGCACGUGCACACACGCACACACACGCACACAAACACACGCGCACACGCACACACCAAGAAACACAUCAAAUAGAAGUGGAUGAUAUAAUCUAUGAUGGCUGUAACUGGUGGUGAUGCAACAGUGAACCAAUGCUUCCAGAAGCCUGCCCUCUACAGAAGCACAGCUCCCACUACAACAAGAUCAAAGCCAUUGAGAAGCGGCUGCGGGUCCCUCCUUGCAGCUUCAGAAAAUGUUCUCAAACCCGGGAAAAUGAAUUGUGGGAUUGUGUUUUGACAUCCCACCUGUCUGCUGUGGCGCUCUGAUGCUCCCCUUUGCAUGGUCAGAUCUGCGGCAGGUCUUCUGGAAACACUGAGGAGUAGUGUAUAAUACCUCCAGUCUCCACGCUUUGAUCUUGGGCUGGCUGCACGCAUGCGCCCCUCAUUGGCUCCUCUGCGCUGUCUGGAGUAAGUUGGAUGCGCGCUCUCCUCACUCGCAUCCCUACACCGCCGCUAAAGCUGUUGCGAUGGGGAGGACCAGGAAAAAUCACUUUGGGAUUUUGACUUUUUCCUUACUGGUGACUCUUGUCUGGGCUCAAAGCGUCAAGGAUAUGAAAGAUCCGAGCAAUAUGCCUCUGGUAAAAGAAACAGUGGACAGACUGAUGAAAGGAUACGACAUUCGGUUGAGGCCAGAUUUCGGAGGUGCGCCGGUGGCUGUGGGGAUGAACAUCGACAUAGCCAGUAUAGACAUGGUCUCUGAAGUCAAUAUGGACUACACCUUGACGAUGUACUUCCAGCAGGCAUGGCGGGACAAGCGUCUGUCCUACUCUGAGAUCGCCUACAACCUGACUCUAGAUAACAGGGUGGCCGAUCAGCUGUGGGUCCCCGACACCUACUUCCUCAACGACAAGAAGUCCUUCGUUCACGGCGUCACGGUCAAGAACAGGAUGAUCCGUCUCCACCCGGACGGCACAGUGCUUUAUGGACUCAGGAUCACCACCACUGCAGCCUGCAUGAUGGACCUGCGUCGCUACCCUCUAGACGAGCAGAACUGCACACUGGAGAUCGAAAGCUAUGGCUACACCACAGAUGAUAUCGAGUUUUAUUGGCGAGGCGGAGACGGAGCCGUGUCCGGAGUCGACAGAAUAGAGCUGCCACAGUUUUCUAUUGUUGACUACAAACUCAUCUCCAAGAACGUUGUCUUCUCCACAGGUUCCUACCCUCGCCUGUCCCUCAGCUUCAAACUGAAGAGGAACAUUGGUUACUUCAUCCUGCAGACAUACAUGCCUUCCAUCCUGAUUACCAUCCUCUCCUGGGUCUCCUUCUGGAUCAACUACGAUGCCUCAGCUGCCAGAGUGGCCUUGGGCAUCACCACGGUGCUGACCAUGACCACCAUCAACACCCACUUGCGAGAGACGCUCCCUAAGAUCCCCUACGUGAAGGCUAUUGACAUGUACCUGAUGGGCUGCUUUGUGUUUGUCUUCCUGGCCCUGCUGGAGUACGCCUUCGUCAACUACAUCUUCUUCGGCCAGGGCCCCCAGCGGCAGAAGAAGGCGGCUGAGAAAGCAGCCACAGCCAAUAAUGAGAAACUGAGACCCGACCCCAACAAGUGGCUGGUGGGAAAUGUAGUUCAGAGAGAUGAUGCUCUGUAUGCCAGAAUGAAACAGAGGGAAAUUGACGCAUAUGACUCGAUGUGGGAUCCCAUCUUUGUGGACGAUGCCGCAUUAGGACUAGGCGAGCAAAGAAAUAAGAUGACUCCUGAUGACAACAUCCUGUUCAGCACCUUGGAAAUGAAGAACGAGAUGGGUGGUGCCGGGGAUCUGUCCCGGGGCCUGGGAGCACCCGGAGACCCCCGCAACACCAUGCUGGCCUACGAUAGCUCAACGCUGCAGUACCGCAGGGCAGCCAUGGCCCGCCAGAACUAUGGCCACAGCGCCUUGGAGCGCCACGCCCAGAAGAAAUCUCGCCUACGGAGACGGGCCUCCCAGCUCAAGGUGAACAUCCCAGACCUGUCCGACGUGAACUCUAUCGAUAAGUGGUCCAGGAUGAUCUUCCCCACCGUCUUCUCCUUCUUCAACGUGGUCUACUGGCUCUACUACGUCCAUUAAACCCGGCAGCGUCCGGUGGCCAGCCAAUGGCGGCCAUGCAAAGAAGGGG